GCUGCUGGCAGAAUACUAGUGCAGUCGGACAUGUAACAACUCUACCGGCGUUUUAGAAAAACUGUAACCUAACUAUAUCAAUUGACAUUGAAACAAUGUACAGUAUCUAGUACAAGAGGACAACAGCCACAGAAUAUCCUGGCAACCUUCACUCCAUUCUAGUAGGUAGAAUAAAGAAGCGUUCUGGCAGCGGUCAAAAAUGUUAGAAGGUUAGCUAGCUUUCUCAAGUGGACUAAAAGUAGAAGUUUGAUCAAUAACACCAUGACAACCGGAAUGGAGAACUGCGCCAAACCACUGUUUACGUUUGGAAUAAUCGCCGACAUUCAAUACGCCGACAUAGAUGAUGGCUUCAAUUUCAAACGCUCAAGGAAACGAUACUACAGGAACAGUCUUCGCCUAUUGCACAAUGCACAGAAAAGGUGGACCGCGGAUACUGUCAAACCCCGGUUCAUCCUUCAGCUCGGUGACAUUAUCGAUGGCUUCAACAAGAGGCACGACGCAUCAGAGCGAGCCCUGGAAACGGUGAUGAAAGAGUUUGACUCUUCUCCGGUUGAAGUCCAUCACGUGUGGGGAAACCAUGAGUUUUAUAACUUUAGCAGAGACACCCUGAUGCGGUCGGUUCUCAAUAGCACUACAGAUUCAGAAGCAGGAAGGGGGCAUCUCAGCAGCUGUGAAAUCUAUGCUUAUCAUUUCAGUCCAGCCCCCAAAUACCGAUUUGUCGUUUUGGAUGCCUAUGAUGUGAGCCUACUAGGGAGAGAGGAGUCCAGUCUGAAAUACCAGCAGGCUAUUGCUAUUUUAAAAGCCCACAAUGACAAUGAAGAUCUGAACCAUCCCCCAGCACCUGUGGGGAUGGAGCAAAGGUUUGUGAAGUUCAAUGGAGGAUUCAGUCAAGAUCAGCUGGACUGGCUGGAAGGAGUUUUGUCGUUGGCAGACAACAAACUGGAGAGAGUCACCAUUGUCAGCCAUCUCCCUAUCCACCCCAGCUCUACAGAACCUAUCUGCCUAGCCUGGAACUAUGAUGCGCUGCUCUCCAUACUCCAGGCCCAUAAGAGUGUAGUCUGCUUCAUGGCAGGACACGACCAUGAUGGAGGCUAUCACAGAGAUGACUCCGGAGUGCACUACCUCACACUGGAGGGGGUGAUAGAGACCCCCCCGGACUGUGAUGCCUUUGGUACAGUCUCUGUGUAUGAGGACAGAAUGUUUUUAAAGGGAUAUGGAAGGAUGUCUGAUAGAAUACUGAUGUAUCCAUGAUAAUGCCAAAGAUUCUACGGCUGUACGGAAUCUGGGGAGGGACAAUUCCUUGGGUCCUCAUAUACAGAGUAUACAAAAACAUUAAGGACACCUGCUCUUUCCAUGACAUAGACUGACCAGGUGAAUCCAGGUAAAAGCUAUGAUCCCUUAUUGAUGUCACUUGUUAAAUUCACUUCAGUCAGUGUAGAUUAAGGGGAAGAGACCGGUUCAAUAAGGAUUUUUAAGCCGUAAGACAAUUGAGACAUGGAUUGUGUAUGUGUGCCAUUCAGAGGGUGAAUGGGGAAGAGAAAAUAUGUAAGUGCCUUUGAACGGGGUAUGGAAGUAGGUGCCAGGUGCACUGGUUUGUGUCAAGAACUGCAACGCUGCUGGGUUUUUCACGCUCAACUGUUUCCCUUGUGUAUCAAGAAUGGUCCACUAUCAAAAAGACAUUCAACCAACUUGAAACAACUGUGUUCCUAAUGUUUGGUACACUCAGUGUGUGUGUAUAUACACAUUUCAUUUUCUAAUGGGCCAGUGAUUAAAAUAGAACUUUAUACCAAUAUUGAUUUAAGUGGAAGACAAUUCCAUCUGGCCUGAGAUUGGGUGCCAAAAGAGUGGGAGAAUGUCUCUUCAUAACACAUAAACACACUUUCUCUCAUAAUAUGUUACCUCAAUAAGUUGAUAUUGUAGCUCUAAAUUAUGUUAUUGUGGUGAUAGACCUAUUGAUAAUUACCUAUGAAAAAUGAAUGCUAUGACAAGAGUAAAUGGAUUAAUCUGUGUAUUGCGCUGUAAGGGGUUCAUUAUUUUACCUUCAAUAAAUUUAAUUUGAUUUCUAAAUGUU